AUGGUUCUACCCAAAUCUCAACAACCCGAUUCAGAAACCUCCUCCGUUGCUGAUACUCCGAUGCAUGACUCAAGCAUUCAAAUUCACCCUCGAAGACCCUCUUUCGGACACCUCAAUCGCUAUGUCGAUGACACUCCCGAUUAUACCGAUUCCGACACCAACCCAAACACUACGGCCAGUAGUAUUGCGGGCGAUACCCCACAGCUAGAUGGCCGGAAGAAGAGAUCGGAAGCCUUCAAAUUGAGAAAAAGUAUUUUGGGCAAGAAGCAUGGCCAGCUGGACGAGUCCAAGGAAGAUGACACCAUACGUCGAUUCAAAUACCUUCUUGGCUUGACCGACCUGUUCCGCCACUUCAUCGUAACCAACCCCAACCCCAAGAUUAGAGAAGUCAUGGUCGAGAUCGAUCGCCAGAAUGCUGAAGACGACGCAAAUGCGAAGAAGGGUAUAUCCCGCAAAGGUGGCGCGGCGAGCGCGAACAAGCGAAAGACGGAACAGGAAGAGGAUGCCGAGUUGUUACGAGAUGAAAAGCGCGGAACUGCCUCACAGACCAUCUUCCGAGAGUCUCCAUCCUACAUCCAAGGCGGGCAGAUGCGUGACUAUCAGGUUGCUGGUCUCAACUGGCUUAUCUCCCUCCACGAGAACGGGAUCUCUGGCAUCCUAGCGGAUGAGAUGGGUCUAGGCAAAACUCUGCAGACGAUAUCUUUCUUAGGAUACCUGCGACACAUUUGCGAUAUCAAGGGACCGCAUCUCAUUGCUGUUCCCAAGUCAACAUUAGACAACUGGCGCCGAGAAUUCCUGACCUGGACUCCUGAGGUUGACGUUCUUGUUCUGCAAGGGGCCAAGGAAGAUCGACAUGCCCUGAUCAACGAAAGACUGAUAGAUGAGAAGUUUGACGUCUGCAUCACCAGCUAUGAAAUGAUCCUGAGGGAAAAAUCCCAUCUCAAGAAAUUUGCCUGGGAGUACAUAAUAGUUGACGAAGCUCAUCGAAUCAAGAAUGAGGAGUCCUCGCUCGCUCAAAUCAUCCGCAUGUUUAAUUCUAGGAACAGACUUCUGAUCACUGGCACUCCUCUCCAAAACAACCUCCAUGAGCUUUGGGCUCUACUUAACUUCCUCCUUCCGGACGUCUUUGGUGACUCUGAAGCAUUUGAUGCAUGGUUUUCCGGUCAAAACGACGACCAGGAUACUGUGGUUCAACAACUACACAGAGUCCUAAGACCAUUUUUGCUACGGCGAGUGAAGGCUGAUGUCGAGAAGAGUCUCUUACCCAAACAGGAACUCAAUUUGUACGUUGGAAUGGCGGAUAUGCAGAUCAAGUGGUACAAAAAGAUCUUGGAGAGGGAUAUUGAUGCUGUCAAUGGUGCAGGUGGGAAACGCGAGUCUAAAACUCGGUUGUUGAACAUCGUGAUGCAACUGCGAAAAUGUUGCAACCAUCCCUAUCUUUUCGAAGGCGCUGAACCUGGGCCACCCUACACAACCGACGAACAUCUCAUCUACAACUCAGGCAAAAUGAUCAUCCUCGACAAAAUUCUAGCCCGUAUGAAGGAGGAAGGGAGCCGUGUUCUGAUCUUCUCUCAGAUGAGCAGAGUUCUAGACAUCUUGGAAGACUACUGUGUCUUCAGAGGCCACCCUUAUUGCCGCAUCGAUGGCAGUACUGCACAUGAAGAUCGUAUUGCAGCCAUUGAUGACUACAACAAACCAAACUCGGAGAAAUUUGUCUUCUUGCUCACCACACGCGCCGGUGGCUUGGGCAUCAAUUUGACAAGUGCGAACAUCGUGGUUCUUUACGACAGCGACUGGAAUCCUCAGGCCGAUCUUCAGGCCAUGGAUCGAGCACAUCGUAUAGGUCAAACCAAACAGGUCAAGGUCUUCCGAUUUGUGACUGAGGAAGCAAUCGAGGAGAAGGUAUUGGAAAGAGCUGCGCAAAAGCUGAGAUUAGAUCAACUGGUCAUUCAACAGGGUCGAGCUCAGCAACAGGUCAAGCAGGCUGCAUCUAAGGACGAGCUUUUGAGCAUGAUACAGCACGGAGCAGAAAAGGUAUUCGAGAAAAAAGGGGCUGUAGAUGUCCUCGACGACAUUGACGAGAUUUUGCGCCGUGGUGAGGCCCGCACAGCGGAGCUGAAUGCCAAAUACGAGAAGCUUGGUAUCGAUGAUCUUCAGAAAUUCUCUUCGGAGAAUGCGUAUGAGUGGAACGGUGAAGACUUCACUAAGCAUAAGAAAGACAUUGGGGUUGCCUGGAUCAACCCUGCCAAACGUGAACGAAAGGAGCAGUUUUACUCCAUCGACAAAUACUACAAGCAAGCCCUGUCAACUGGUGGUCGGCCAGCAGAUACGAAACCAAAAGUCCCCAGAGCUCCGAAACAGGUCAACGUUCAUGACUGGCAGUUCUUCCCCCCUGGACUUCAAGAACUGCAAGAAAAGGAGACUGCUUAUUAUCACAAAGAAAUAGGCUACAAAGUCCCUCUAGCCGAAGGAACAGAUGAGGACCUAAGUGAUCGUGAGGCUGACCAACGACUGGGCCAAGACGAAAUCGACAAUGCGGAGCCGUUGACCGAAGAAGAAAAGCAGCGCAAGGCUGAAAUGCAGGAGCAUGGAUUCGGGAAUUGGAACCGGCGAGAUUUUCAACAGUUUGUCAACGGAUCAGCGAAGUUCGGACGAACCAAUUAUGAAGGCAUAUCUACCGAGGUCGACAGCAAGGAACCUGAAGAGAUUGAGGAAUAUGCAAAGGUCUUCUGGAAGAGAAACACGGAAAUUGCGGACUUCGACAAACAUAUCAAGACGAUUGAGGCCGGGGAAGAGAAAUUGCGCAAGACCAAUCUACAGCGAAAAAUGCUUCGGAAGAAAAUGGAACUAUAUCGGGUACCACUGCAACAACUCAAAGUCAACUACACAGUUUCGACGACGAACAAAAAGGUUUACACGGAGGAGGAAGACCGAUUUUUGUUGGUUAUGCUUGACAAGCACGGUGUCGAUGGGGAAGGCUUGUAUGAGAAGAUCCGAGACGAAGUACGAGACUCUCCUUUGUUCCGCUUUGAUUGGUUUUUCCUCAGUCGAACUCCGGUUGAAUUAGGCAGACGAUGCACGACACUGCUUAAUACUGUCUCAAGAGAAUUUGAGGAUCCGGACGAAAAGCUUCCCAAUGGCCAUGCACCUGGUAAAGGUAGAGGGCGAGAUCGAGAUGAAGACGAGGACGAAGAGAAUGACAGUGAGGCCGCACCGGCCAAAAAGAAGGCGAAGAAUGGCAUUGUGAACAAAGCUGUAAAAGCAGUCAAGUCAGGUCGUGGCAGUAAAAACACCUCCCCAGCCACCUCGCGUGCUCAGAGUGUGUCAUCCACGACUGCUCCAAGUCGGGGAAAGGGAAAGAAGAAAUGA